CAUUCAGACGGACAGAACUUGGCAGAAGACCAAAGGGUACCUUCUGAUCUCUCAGACGCUUCCUGAGAGCACAGAUGGAUGAGCAAGACCCAGCUGGCCCUGAAGAAGGAAGAGGCCAUGCCAACCAAACUGGAAGCACUGGGGGAUUCUGGGAAAACUCUGUGCUGAAGAUCCUGGGUGAGGAGGACACCCUCCGCUCAGAGGUGCAGAGCCAGCAGGUGAGGCAGUUCUGCUGCCAGGAGGCCAAAGGACCCCGAGAGGUUUGCAGACGACUCUACCACCUUGACCAUCAGUGGCUGAAGCCAGAAAGGCACACGAAAGCUAAGAUGCUGGACCUGGUGAUCUUGGAGCAGUUCCUGGCUGUCCUUCCUCCGGAGAUGGAGAGCUGGGUGAGGGACUGUGGAGCGGAGACCAGUUCCCAGGCAGUGGCCCUGGCCGAAGGUUUCCUCCUGAGUCAGGCAGAGGAGAGAAAGCAGGAAAAGGAUCGUUUUGAGGAAAUGGACCUGGAUUCCUGUGAGGCAGAGAGGCCUCCGUUGGACACCAGAGAGAGGCCACCGGGAGACAGAACGAUGCCAGCAAGACCUCCUGAUCCAUCUUUUCAUGGGGGCAGAAGGGAAGCAGCAGCUGUGGAACCAGAUCAGGGCCCAGUGUGCUUUGAAGAUGUCGCUGUUUGUUUCACGGACGAGGAGUGGGCGUUGCUGGAUCCUGACCAGAGAGCUCUGCAUAAGGACGUCAUGGAGGAGAAUCGUGGGAUCGUGACCUCUCUUGAUUGUGAUGAAUUGGAAAUCGAGAACAAAGGUGAACACGACAAAAUCACCAGAGAGGAGAAGCCAUGCAAAAAUUUGGAGUGUGGAGACAGCUGCACUCAGAGCUCCAAUCUCACUAAGCAUCAGAGAAUUCAUACAGGAGACAAACCCUAUCAGUGCAUGGAAUGUGGGAAGAGCUUUAGUUGGAGCUCCCAUCUCACUUACCAUCAGAGAAUUCAUACAGGUGAGAAACCCUAUCAGUGUGUGGAAUGUGGAAAGAGCUUCAGUCGGAGCUCCCAUCUCACUAACCAUCAGAGAAUUCAUACAGGGGAGAAACCCUAUCAGUGUGUGGAAUGUGGAAAGAGCUUCAGUCACAGCCAUGAUCUCACUUCCCAUCAAAGAAUUCAUACAGGGGAGAAGCCCUAUCAGUGUGGGGAAUGUGGAAAGAGCUUCAGUCACAGCCAAAGUCUGAAUUCCCAUCAAAGAAUUCAUACAGGGGAGAAACCCUAUCAGUGCAUGGAAUGUGGAAAGAGCUUCAGUCACAGCCAAAGUCUGAAUUCCCAUCAAAGAAUUCAUACAGGGGAGAAACCCUAUCAGUGUGGGGAAUGUGGAAAGAAAUUCAUUACAAGCUCCAGUCUCACUAAGCAUCAGAGAAUUCAUACAGGAGAGAAACCCUAUCAGUGUGGGGAAUGUGGAAAGAGCUUCAGGAAGAGCUCGGAUCUCACUUCGCAUCAGAGAAUUCAUACAGGGGAGAAACCCUAUCAGUGUGGGGAAUGUGGAAAGAGCUUCAGGAAGAGCUCGGAUCUCACUUCCCAUCAGAGAAUUCAUACAGGGGAGAAACCCUAUCAGUGUGGGGAAUGUGGAAAGAAAUUCAUUACAAGCUCCAGUCUCACUUCCCAUCAGAGAAUUCAUACAGGAGAGAAACCCUAUCAGUGUGGGGAAUGUGGAAAGAAAUUCAUUACAAGCUCCAGUCUCACUACCCAUCAGAGAAUUCAUACAGGGGAGAAACCCUAUCAGUGUGGGGAAUGUGGAAAGAAAUUCAUUACAAGCUCCAGUCUCACUUCCCAUCAGAGAAUUCGUACAGGACAGAAACCCUAUCAGUGUGGGGAAUGUGAAAAGAGCUUCUGGGUGAGCUCUGAUCUCACUAAGCAUCAGAAACUUCAUACAGGGGAGAAACCCUAUCAGUGUGUGGAAUGUGGAAGGAGCUUCAGUUGGAGCUCCCAUCUCACUUACCAUCAGAGAAGUCAUACAGGUGAGAAACCCUAUCAGUGUGGGGAAUGUGGAAAGAGCUUCAGUCAGAGCUCCUCUCUCACUUCCCAUCUAAGAAUUCAUACAGGGGAGAAACCGUAUCAGUGCGUGGAAUGUGGAAAGAGCUUCAGUCAGAGAGGCCAUCUCACUUCUCAUCAAAGAAUUCAUACAGGGGAGAAACCCUUCAUUCUAUAGCUUUAGGAGCCAGGCAAAUCCGCACCUUGUUAACCAGGCCUUUGGCUGAUUGACAUCUAAGGCCCUUUUAAAAUGUGGUGGGGAGUUGAGUUACAGAUGUGUAUUUUGUGUUUUUAUAUUGUGUUUUUAUGUUGUAACUGUCCUGAGACAUGUGGGAACAGGAGUCAACAACUAGAGGCCAAGGGGUUUUUGCCCCCCAAUGAUAUAUUUGAGGGGGCCACCCCCCAGUUGAUAGGCAUUGCCAUUCCAAUGCCCUGCAUGCGUCAUGUGAUUGAUUGUGCAAGGAGGGCCUUACUUGGCCCCUUCCUCCAAUAUUUUAUGCAAGUUGGCACCACUGGGUUGGGUGGUAGACAAAUUAAAUAAAUACAUAAAUCACCUUC